GUGGCGGCGGGAGCGACGCGAACUACAGUUUCAACUUCCUCGCCAGCACUUCGCGUCCGCCGCGAGGUUGUUUUCUUCUUUUUUAUUUUCCUCACUCCUACUACUACUUCUUCUUCUUCUUUUGUGUACGUCGACGUCGCGCGGGGGCACUCGACCGUCGAGUGUCGACUCAGAGCACUCUGCGCAGUCGCACGGAGCAGGCGUCUGUGGCGUUUGUGCGAGUGUUCCCGUCGUCACCUGUCCCCCCCGGACGGCGCGUAGCGGUCCAGGACGUUGAAGCUCUCGAUGGGAUCCGUGCGUGUGGUGGUACUCCUGCUGUUGUUUUAGUUUUUGUUUUUCCCAUUCCCAUUCCCUUCCUUCCUUCCUUUCCGAACUUUUUUUUUUUUUUGUUACGACGUUUGUGGUGCUACAUGGAUCAGACAAGAAGACUGAAUUCGCCCACAUCGACGACGAACUGUGAUUUCAACAACUUCCAACGAGUAAUAAUUAUUUAUUCGUCGCGUGUUUGUGUGUCGUGAGUGUUCCGGACAGGACAAAAAAACAAAAAAAAACAAAAACAAAAACAUAAACUGCUUUUACGGAGUACACUGACGGUUACCUUUCGAUCUUCAAGGUGGCCGGACAGACGCGGCGCAGACGCGAGGCGCCGCUGGUUAUGAAACUCCUACCCCUGUCGCUGCCCCCCGCCGCGGCCAUGGACCGCCUGCCGCUGUCGCUGCCCUUCAGCGCCUCCGACCUGCUGUGGCGCUACCCGCUGGGCUUCUCUGCGCAGGCGCCCCCCGCCUCGCCGCUCGUCGACUUCAAGACGCACCUGCCCGCCAGCCUCACGACGGACCCGCGGGUGUGGUCCCGGGACGACGUGGUCGCCUUCCUCAGGUGGUGCGAGCGAGAGUUCGACCUGCCCGGCUUCGAGAUGGACAUGUUCCAGAUGAACGGCAAGGCGCUGUGCCUGCUGACCAAGGGCGACCUGGGCGAGCGCUGCCCCGGGGCCGGAGACGUGCUGCACAACGUGCUGCAGCUGCUGGUGAGGGACGCGCAGACGCUGCAGCGCUGCCUGCCGUCCAGCCCGGUGACGCCGACGUCGCGGCACUACCCGCCGGCGCACGGCUGGACCAUGCUGCAGGACCUGCCUGCCCCCGGCCUCGCGCACCUCGUCCACCACGGCAACUCCGUCACGCUCAGCCCCGCGCCGUCCGUCGACAGCCAGUCAGGCAGUCCCCAGCACGUGGAGGCGGUGGGCGCCGCGCAGUCCUACCACAGCAGCGGCAGCAACAGCAACGGCAGCCACCAGUCGGACUCUGACGACGACAGCUACCAGGAGUCGCUGCAGCAGGCGGCGCCCGGGGGCGGCGUCCAGGGCGCCUCGCCGCCGCCCACGCCCGCCCCGCUGUCCCCCGGCAAGGAGCACCACGCCACUGCCUUCCGGCCCGUCGCGCGGGACUACUACUGCGACGCGCCCGAGACCAACACCAACGGCCGCCUGCUGUGGGACUUCCUGCAGCAGCUUCUCAACGACCAGACGCAGCGCUACACGGGCUACAUCGCGUGGAAGAACCGCGACACGGGCGUGUUCAAGAUCGUGGACCCCGCCGGCCUGGCCAAGCUGUGGGGCAUCCAGAAGAACCACCUGUCCAUGAACUACGACAAGAUGUCCCGGGCGCUGCGCUACUACUACCGCGUCAACAUCCUGCGCAAGGUCCAGGGCGAGCGGCACUGCUACCAGUUCCUGCGCAACCCCAGCGAGCUGAAGAGCAUCAAGAACAUGUCGCUGCUGCGGCAGCAGAUGAGCCCGACGCGGCCCGCCCCGCCGCAGGGCCCCGCGGUCAGCAUCAAGCUGGAGCGCGAGGAGCCGGAGCCCCGGGACGACGACGAGGACCUGCCCACGGACCUCAGCAUGAGCCCCACCGCGCGGUCCCGCCCCGCCGGCUUCCCCCUCCCCCCGGCGUCCUCCGCCGUCAAGCUUGAGGUCCCGGACGACAAGUGACCUCCCGGGGCGGGCGUCUGACGGGCCGCCUCCCGCUCUCGGCCCCCGACGAGCCGAGUGGCGCCGGCGCUGUGACCGGCCCGCCGUCACACACGGCGGUGCGUGUCCGAGGUUGAUAUUAAGGGGGCGGAUUGGCCAGGAGCGCGGAGAGCCCUGAACGGGUGGCGCUUCCUGCGGACGAUCUCCAGGUCACGACCUCCGAAGGACUUGCGUCGCGCACGCAAAAAAAAAAGUGGGGCCAGUACGUUCGAGAGGUUUCAAAGAUGGUGAUGAGGAGAUUCCUACCGGCCAGAAGACUCUUUGACGUGUGAGUUGAACAGAGGGACGGCCAUAAGUUUAUUUUGAUCGAGGGGAAACUGUGAUUUUUUAUUUAAUUGCUAGCAAUGUGAUGUUAGGAACGUAUCUUGCUGAUAUUAGUGCCAAUCCUUGUGUAAAUAACAAAUUAAACGUUAACGACGGUAAAGAAGUAGCGGUGAUAGGUUAAGUUGCGGGCACCAGCGGAGCUGGUCCGAGGGUUGACGGUGCCAUGUUCUCUCGAGCAGCGAUCACACGUGAACUGCAAGCCCACGUGCCGGAACAGAAGGUAUUGUACAGGCGUCCGUCUAGAGUUGCAAGCAACUAUAGAGGUUUUUCGACACAAUACAACUCCGGUAAUAUAUCAAUCCCGAAGCAGAAUUUUUUUUGAUGUUAUUUGUACUUCUAGAAGUUAUGCACAAAUCAUCAUGGUAGUUACUGUAAUGUAUCAAAAGGAUAUUUCAUUUUUAAUGCAUCACAAUUAGCGAAAUGUAAAAAAUACACAGACUCCUCACAAUUUUUUCAUGAUUAUUCAAAACUACCACAUGACAGGCAAAAAUUUUAAUUUUACAAAACAUGUGUUACCCUUAAGCAAAAAAAAAAAAAAAAAAAACCUUUUCAAGAAAAUGGUUUGUGUACAAUACCUUCUGUUGAACUUCCCACACCAGUGGCUACGGAAAACGUCCUCAAAGGCUCCUAAUUAAACUAAUAGCAUGACGUGGGUUUAAGAAUGCUCUGGUAUCGUAGUUCAAGUGCCGAUGUUUUCAUAUUAAUAGAAUAAAAAUAUAUCUAUUGGAAGAAAUAAUAAUAAAUUGAAAAAAAAUCUGUCAAUAGCCACGAAAACUGUUUUUGCAACUACCUACGUAUCAAUAUACUUAUCAACUAGAGAGUAACUGAUUAGGUUUUAAAGAAAAGAAAUAAUCUAGCAACAAAUAUUGAUAGGUUGUACAUAAAAACUGUUAUACAUAAAUCAUAUCAACAAGUACAAUAACUCUGCUUUAAAGACAGUUUUACGAGCCUUACACACAUUAGUGUCUAUAAUUAUAAAUAUAAUAAUGUACACAUUGUACUUUGGUGGUCAUGUUACGCUCAUCUAGCAAAGUUGCGGGUUCGAUGCUAAGUACCGCAGAAAUUUUUGAUGAGCACCAAGCAAGUACUCAUUUUUGGAAGUAAUUAUGAGCCUAAAGUUGGUAUUCAAUAUUACAACCAACUUUUAUCUCAGAUGUCCCUUGUUUUGUACACAAGUCUUGCUCUCUGUAAACAUUCAGACAUUCUUUCCAUCUUCACUACUUGCUUGCUACCAACUCUUAACUGUUCUAUUUUUUAACACACAGAAAUAGUGUUAAGUGCAGAAUUACUUGAACACAUUCUAAAAUUAAAGAGGUAAUUAAUUCUAACCUUUAUGUGUUUUUUUUAUUGCUAAAAUGAGAUUUCUCAUAUAAUCCAAUUAAAGGGAGAAAAUUAUUGCUACAAUGAACGAUGCUUUUCCAAAUUACUAUAUUGUAUACGUUAUAAGAAUGUACAACAGAGUUUUAACUUCACAAGCACUAACGCGUAUGUGAUAACUCUCAAAGGUACAUGGCACCUGUCUUUCUCCUGCAACAGCAACUGUACAUGAGCAUGACACGAUACCGUCACUCAAGUGUUACGUAUUGUCAAACCAUAUUGAAUUUAUAGGAAAAAAAAUAUCUUUAUAUGAGGGCUUUAGAGUUAUAUGUAGAUUGUGUAUAUAACAUACUAUAUUUUAAAGGGUUGAUUUAAUUCAAGUGGAGUUUUUUUGUUUUGUUUUAUCAAAUGCUGGUUCAGCCUGUUUUUUUUUUUCUCUAGUUCUGGUUAGGCAAAAUAAUCUAAACGUCGUUGUAAUUUCUUUUUAACCCCGCUACAAGCUUAGCUACUCACUGACCUUUUUUUUUUAACGACGGGCAGCUGAGAAAAUGUCGAGUGCGAACGCGUGUGUAGGUUCUGCCUGCUUUCGGCAGGUCGACAAGCCAAUGUUACAAUGAAUAAUGAGAUCUCAUAAGAUAUGGAAAACAUGCAAAGUGGUUUUUAUACAUGUACAUAUUAAAAAGAGAGUUUAUAUUAUUAUUUUUGCUGUAUAUGCUGCCCAUAGGAUGCAGCCGUUGGUGAGAAAGAUAAAUAAAAAAUUCGUAAGUUGAAAAAGGUA